CUCUUGCUACCCCUUUUCCACAAGUCAUAAGGCUAAUAGUGGACUUCUUGAUGCGCAGGGGCUGCUCUCAAGAAUUUCCUGUGAAGAAGACACUCUCAUGUGACCAUGGUCAAUAGCCAUGAUCUAUGGUUCCUUCUCUCUCUAGGCCCACUUACAAGUGAGUGCAUGCGCAAGAGGGAGUGCGCUAUAACUCUCAUGCACCGUCUCUCUCUUCUUCUCCCCCGGCCCUCUCUCUAAUCCUCUCGUGACACACAUGAGGGCAUAUAAGACAUGAAGGUGUUCAAGGGCAAGAUUUGGGCAGCCAUCGGGUCACUCAUGGAUCACGCGGGUACAGCAUCCACCAAGGCCUCCUCGGCGGCGGCCGUUCCCGACCGGGCUCUCCUCGCCGACAUCGAGGCGGCCGUCGAGCGGUGCACCGGCGGCGGCGGGGGCGGCGACGACGACAGGCACGUCCACGAGAUCCUCUUCCUCGUCUCCAACGCGCCGGGCGCGAUCACUUUCCUCUCGCGGCGCAUCACGGUGCGCCUCGAGGCGGCGCGCGCCCCGGCCGCGGCGCUCCGCUCGCUGCUCCUCGUCCACCGCCUCCUCCGCGCCGGCGACCGCUACUUCGAGCAGGACCUCCGCGGCCUCUGGGCGUCCCGCGACCUCCGCGUCGACGCGCCGCGGUGCAGCUGCUCCCCGCUCGCCGCCGGAGCCGGCGCCGCGUACGUCAGCGCCGGCGCCGCGGCCGCCACCGGCGCGUGCGCCUUCGUCCACGGCUAUUCGGCCUACCUCGAGGAGCGCAUGCAGUGGGUGAUCAACCAGGCCGGCAACCUGGAGCCAGCGCGGCGGCCGCCGGCGCUGGCGCCGCCUAACCACGACGGCAAGCCUCCACCACCUCCGCCCUCCUCCUCCUCCUCCCACGACGCCGAAGCCGAGACGCUGCUGCUCAAGCUCGCCAUGUGCCAGAGGCUGCUGGACCUCGCCAUCCAGCUGCUGCCGGACAACAACACCAGCGGCUGCGCCGCCGUCCGGUCGGCGUUCGGCAUUGUGCUCCGGGAGAGCUUCAAGGUCUACGACGCCUUCACAGAGGGCCUCGACGCGAUGCUGCUGCGGUCGAGGAGCCUCGCCGGGCUGAGCAAGCCGAUGAGGGUCUCGGCUCACGAGAUCCUGAAGAAGGCGUGCGCCCAGACGCCGGACCUCAAGGAGUUCUACCACAAGUGCAAGGGGAGCAACGCCAGCAAGAGCCUCGAAUACCCUCUCGUCAGGGUCGUCACGCCGGCGCAGGCCUCCGCCAUGGAGGUGUUGCCCGUGCCCAUCCCGGAAGAAGAUGGCCAGGAGAAAGAGCCGGAGGCGGAGGCAGAGGCAGAGGCAGAGACUAGUGAUGGCGGGGGUUCGACGACGUUUGCGCGCAAGAUGGAGACGACGAUCAGCACGGUCUGGGUUGAGUUCGAGGAGGAUGACAAGCUGAUCCCUGGUGAUGGUGGUCACUCGUCCAAAGAGCCAAAAGCUAGCUAACAACUAGCUCUCGUAGGAGUUCUUGCGACAUAUUAUUCCAAGUGUGUGUUAAUUUUGGGUGCUCCGGAUUGGGCUCUCCUCUCUCGUUGAUCUUGGUUGUGUGCAAGGUUAUAUUAUUUAUUCGAAGGAUUUGUGCAUGUCUUCAAUCAGCUGAGAAUAAGCAAAUAAUUCUUCUCCUUGUGUUUA